UUCUUCUUCUUCUUCUUCUUCUUCUUCUUCUUCUUCUUCUUCUUCUUCUCCAUUUCCAUGUCCAUCUUCAAUUUCUCCCCUUCUUUUUUUCCCUACUUCCCUCCUCCACCUACUCCCCGUCGUCGUCGUUCUUCUCAGUUUCUGGCCACAACUCAUUCUUCUCCAAACCCCAUCACCGGACCCCUCGCUGUUCUUUGGCUCAAACAUGACCUUAGAAUCCACGAUCAUCCUGCGCUCCAUGCCGCCUCCUCCCACUUCCCCUCUCUUAUCCCUCUUUACAUCUUCGAUUCUCGCAUUCUUUCACGGUUUUCUGAUGAAAUGCUUGAGAUUCUUCUUCUUGCAUUGGAAUCCCUCAGGUAUUCUCUCAGGGAUCGGGGUUUGGAUUUGUUAAUCAAGUUUGGAGAUGCGGAAUCUGUACUUCGUGAGCUUGUUGUUCAGGUUAAAGCUACCCAUGUUUUUGUUGAGGAAGAAGUUGAGUAUGAAUUGUGUUUGUUGAUGGACGAUGUAUCUCAGACCUUGUCCACUUUGAUUCGGAGUCCUGAUCUAACAAUUUGGAGGACGCCAUUUUAUGAUAUAAAGAGCGUUGAGGCUAUACCUGAAUCAUACGAUGAGUUUAAGAAGCUUCAACUUCCUGUAACUUGUCCACUCUCUUCUCCAACAUUACCCUGCUUGGAGAUGGAAUUGGACUGGGGUACCAUGCCCACAUUUGAUGCCUUGAAGGAAUUUAUGAAUAGUACUCGAUUGAACGAACCAAGUGAUGAAUGGGAUUCAAUCAAGAAUACAACAGCUGAAGCUAUGGUUCGGGCGAAAUUCUCUAAGAGAGGAAGCAAUGAAAACAAUCCCAGUUCGAGAGAAUUCAGGACAGAGAGAAUGGGGAAUUCAAUUUUUUCUACACAAAGAGGAAAGAACUUCAUGAUGGGAGGUACAGAAGGUGUGUUGAAUGCCUUAGCUGCAUACAUAAGAUACAACGAGGGAACGUCUCGAGAUGAUUGGCAAGUAUUACAUGAAAUGGUACGCAACUCUGAAAGUCGAGAUGGAGCCUCCUUUAUCAAACUCUUUGGUCCUGCCAUUCAUCUGGGAAUAGUUUCUAAAAGGAAAGUGCAUUAUGAAGCCGUCAAGUAUGAAAAGGAAAGAAAUGCUGGGUUCCUAUCUCCUUUUGGGUACUCUGCACGCACUGUUGCUGCAGCAGUUGAUGCUGUUCUCUCCUCAGAGUGGUAUUGGCUUAUGGGUCUGAAGAGCAAAGGAAGACGAUUGGGAAGUCAUUCUUAUCGGAAUUGGAGAUGGAAUGGCUUUCUUGUUCAGUACACAGUUGUUGGAUGUGACGGCCCUGCCAUUCUUUUGGUCCAUGGUUUUGGUGCUUUUUUGGAACAUUACCGAGACAAUAUACAUGGCAUUGCUGAAGGUGGAAAGCAAGUUUGGGCUGUAACGAUGUUGGGAUUUGGGAGGUCAGAAAAGCCAAACAUAGUGUAUAGUGAACAAAUGUGGGCUGAAUUUCUUAGAGAUUUUAUUGUUGAAGUCGUGGGUAGACCAGUACAUCUUGUUGGAAAUUCAAUUGGUGGUUAUAUUGUCGCCAUUGUCGCUUGUCUUUGGCCCGCUUUGGUCGAAUCCAUUGUUCUCAUCAAUAGUGCUGGCAGUGUAAUUCCUGGAUAUUCUUUUUUGCCAUUAAAAAAGGAUAGACAGGUUUCUAUUGCUGCGUGGCUGGGUGCUCGACUCCUUCUAUCUUACUUAAGACUGAAAACCAAGGACAUACUGAAGAAUUGCUAUCCUACUAGAACAGAUAGAGCUGAUGAUUGGCUUGUCAAUGAGAUGCUAAGAGCUUCCAAGGAUCCUGGUGGCCUGGUGCUUCUAGAAAGUAUUUUCAGCUUUGAUCUUACGGUUCCACUUAAUUAUCUGUUGGAAAGAUUGGAGGGAAGGGUUCUUAUCAUCCAGGGAAUGAAAGAUCCUAUCUACAACUCCAAGUCUCUACUGGGGAAGCUUAAAGAGCAUUGUGCUUGGGUUAUGAUCAAGGAAUUGAAUGCUGGACAUUGCCCACAUGAUGAGCUACCAGAAGAAGUGAAUUCUACACUAUGUGAAUGGAUAGUGAGAAUGGAAAGUACAUAGGAGCCAUGGAAGUUCUUUUCCCACUUUUGGAGGCAUUUUUCUUAUAUAUAUAUAUAUAUAUAUAUAUAUAUAUAUAUAUAUAUAUAUAUAUACAAUGUUCUCUUAUUACAUGUAAUUUAUUUGUAGUUUUAGAUUAUGCAGUAGAAAAAUUCGAGAUUUGUUACCUCAAUGUUUUCUCAUUUUUUAUCAACCAAAUAACAAUCGAUUGUUAUUAACUCAACAA